CCGGGCCGGAAUUGGGGGUGAAGCUCCAGCGUUGUGCCCACAUUCUGGGCGCGCGGAGCUGAGGGGUCCCCGGGGGGCGCCCGCAGCUAAGAUGGCGUCCGCAGCUGAGGGGGACGUGGGAACGGUGGCGGAGCUGGCGACGGUGCUGCGGUGGGGUUUCCAGGACCUGAGCCUUAACAAGUUGGCGACGUCCCUGGGCGCGUCAGAACAGGCGCUGCGGCUCAUCAUCUCCAUCUUCCUAGGUUACCCCUUGGCUUUGUUUUAUCGGCAUUACCUUUUCUACAAGGACAGCUACCUCACCCAUCUCUUCCACACCUUUACAGGCCUCUCAAUUGCUUAUUAUAACUUUGGAAUGCAGCUGUACCACUCGCUGCUGUGUAUCGGGCUUCAGUUCCUCAUCCUCCGGCUGAUGGGCCGCACCAUCACUGCCGUCCUCACUACCUUUUGCUUCCAGAUGGCCUACCUUCUUGCCGGAUACUAUUACACAGCCACUGGCAACUACGAUAUCAAGUGGACAAUGCCACAUUGUGUCCUGACCUUGAAGCUGAUCGGUCUCACCAUCGACUACUAUGACGGAGGAAAAGAUCAAAAAUCCCUGUCCUCUGAGCAACAGAAAUACGCCAUACGGGCUGUCCCUUCCCUGCUGGAGGUGGCUGGCUUCUCCUACUUCUAUGGGGCCUUCUUGGUGGGCCCCCAGUUCUCAAUGAACCACUACAUGAAGCUGGUGCAGGGACAGCUGACUGACCUACCAGGCAAGAUUCCAAACAGCGCCGCACCUGCUCUCAGGCGCCUGAGUCUGGGCCUCGUCUACCUAGUGGGCUACACCCUGCUCAGUCAGCACGUCACGGAAGACUAUCUCCUCACCGACGACUACGAAAACCGCAGCUUCUGGUUCCGCUGCGCGUACAUGCUGGUCUGGGGCAAGGUUGUGCUGUACAAAUACGUCGCCUGUUGGCUGGUCACGGAAGGCGUGUGCAUCCUGACGGGGCUGGGCUUCCACGGCUUUGACGAGCUCGGGAGGGCCAAGUGGGACGCCUGCGCCAACAUGAAGGUGUGGCUCUUUGAGACAGACGCCCGCUUCACGGGCACCAUCGCCUCUUUCAACAUCAACACCAACGCCUGGGUGGCACGUUACUUCUUCAAACGACUCAAGUUCCUUGGAAAUAAACAACUAUCCCAGGGCCUCUCACUGCUAUUCUUGUCCCUCUGGCACGGCCUCCACUCUGGGUACCUGGUCUGCUUUCAGAUGGAAUUCCUCAUUGUUAUUGUGGAAAGACAGGCUGCCAGCCUGAUUCAAGACAGCCCAGCCCUCAGCAGCCUGGCCUCCGUCAGGGUCCUGCAGCCCCUCUACUAUCUGGUGCAGCAGACCAUCCACUGGCUCUUCAUGGGUUACUCCAUGACUGCCUUCUGCCUCUUCACGUGGGACAAAUGGCUGAAGGUGUAUAAAGCCGUCUAUUUCGUUGGCCACGUCUUCUUCUUGAGUCUACUAUUCACAUUGCCUUACGUGCGCAAAGCAAUGGUGCCGAGGAAAGAGAAGUUAAAGAAAAUGGAAUAAUCUGUUUCCCUGGUGGCCCAGAGCAGGACUGGUGCAGAAACGACUCGCCUCCCUUUGCACAGCACUCCUUCGCCCCAGAGCACAGAGACCCAGGAGCCAGGGUGCGGGAAGAUGGGGCUCGCCCAGCUGUGCCUCUGCUGCCGGCCACGUCUCCAUCUGGGGCCAAAGGGGAGACCCUCGUGGGAGUAGAGGGGCCCAUUGUCUCCCCUCCGGGCUCCCCCAUGCACGUUGCCUUAUCUCUCCCCCUCUAGCCAGGAAUCUGUUGUGGUUUUCUUCUGCCAAUUUACUAUGAUUGUAUAUGUGCCGCUACCUCCGCCCCCCCCCCAUGGGGGGAGGGGAGGGGCACGGCCCCACCUGCUCCACUUUUCUACCUAGGACUGUACCGGAUAAAGUCACCUCAGUGUGUUGUUUUUCA